UGACGUUUCGAGCGUUAGCCCUUAGUCGGAGCGAAUGCUUAGAAAUUCAGCUCGUCUGCAGCAGCCAAUCAAAGGCAGCCAAGACACACAACACUCAAAGCGUCAUUUAUCAGUUUCACGUGUCUAACACGAUUGCAUCAGAAUCUUCUGCCAUCUAUAUUCCUUCAUAGGGAGCACUAUCCUGUCUGGAAGACGUCAUUUGGUUGGGACUUACCACUGAGCAGAAUGUGUGGGAUCUGGGCUAUAUUUGGGAUCCCAGAAUACUCAAAGUAUGCCAGUCUUGCCAUGAAAAUCUGCCAAAGAGGACCUGAUGUGUUCCGUAUGGAGACCAUUCCCCAUUUCAAGAACUGCUGUGUGGCAUUCCACCGCUUGGCUAUUGUUGAUGAUCUUUAUGGCAUGCAACCAAUGAGGAUCAAAGCUCUGCCACACCUUUACCUAAUUUACAAUGGAGAGAUUUACAAUCACAAAGAAGUUGGAGAGAAGUACGACUUUAACUUUUUCACCAGAUGUGAUGGAGAAGUCAUUCUACAUCUGUAUGACAAGUUUGGAGUAGAGGGAAUGGCCCAAAGGCUGGAUGGUGUUUUUGCUUUUUGUGUUAUUGAUACAAAGAAAAAACAAGUUCACAUUGGAAGAGAUACUUUUGGUAUCCGUCCACUGUUUACCUUGUCUGCACCUGGAAAGAAAACAGGAAUUUUGGCUUUAAGCUCUGAGGCAAAAGGCCUUGUUCCUCUUAUAAAAAACUUUGAAAAAAAUGGCGAUAAGGUUGUGGUAAAGCCAUUCCCUCCUGGUCACUAUGCAUCCUACAGCUUGUCACCUGAAGAAGGGAAAACUACAUUUAUUGCACAAAAGGCAUACACAAAUGUUGGUAAGCCCCCCCUCUUUGAAACCAAUGUCAAGUCUGACUCCAGUGAUGUAAUGGAAAAUAUCAGAAAAGUGUUCAAUGAAGCAGUGCGUAAGCGUCUCAUGGCAGACCGUAGAAUUGGUUGUUUGCUCUCUGGUGGCCUGGACUCCAGUUUAGUGGCAUCUUAUCUAACCAAGCUUGCAAAGGAAAGUGGGAUUGACUACCCAAUCCAGACUUUCUCAAUAGGAAUGGAAGGAAGUACAGAUGUUGCUGCAGCUCGCAAAGUGGCAAAACACAUUGGGAGUGAACACCAUGAGGUUAUCUUUACUGCAGAGGAGGGACUCAAAGCUUUGCGCGAGGUGAUCUAUGCCUUGGAAACAUGGGACAUAACAACAAUCCGAGCAUCAGUUGGAAUGUACCUUGUUAGUAAGUACAUCAGCAAAGAAACUGACACUGUAGUAAUUUACUCUGGCGAGGGUUCUGAUGAGCUGUGUCAAGGUUACAUCUAUUUCCACAAGGCACCAACCCCAGAGGAGGCAGAUGCGGAAUCUCGAAGACUGCUGGAAGAUCUUUACUUGUAUGAUGUUUUGCGUGGUGACCGCUCUACAGCUGCACAUGGUCUGGAAAUCCGUGUUCCCUUCUUAGAUGUUCAUUUCACGUCUUAUUUCUUGUCUCUUCCUCCUGAGAUGCGACAGCCUAAAGAUGGCAUUGAGAAGUGGCUUCUGCGGGCAUCUUUUGAUGAAACAGAUGCAUUGCCCAAGGAGAUUCUCUGGCGUGCUAAAGAAGCAUUCUCUGAUGGAGUGUCUUCUACCAAGCCUGGACAGGCAUGGUAUCAGAUUUUACAGAAUCACAUCAAUAACCAGGUCCCCGAUGAAGCACUUGUGGCAGCAGCUGAAGUGUACCCUGACAACACUCCCAGAACCAAGGAAGGCUUCUAUUACCGUCAGAUCUUCGAAGAGUUUUACCCAGGCCAGGGCCAUUUCAUUCCGUAUUUGUGGAUGCCGAAGUGGACUAAUGCCACAGAUCCUUCAGCAAGAACCUUGGAACAUUUCAAAGAAUAGAGUGGCAUGAAGUGAGAUGCAUUCCGUAUUAAACUAUAAUCAGUUAAAAAAAUGUCAAGGACAGCAUCACUUUUGGAAACUUAACAACAAAAAGAAAAAUUGUAAUAUUAUUGAAAAGUCCUAGUUAGGUUGGCUUUUCUAUUAUACUUUUCUUAAUUAUUAAAAUUGGAUCAACUCCAGAUAAGAUUUUA